AUGGAUUGCGUUGUACAGCGAUGUGAUAGAUACACGUUGGAUAGUUGCGCGGUAGAUAGAUACACGUUGGAUAGCUGCGCGUUAUUAUCACGCGUUAGAUUACCACGUGGUAGAUACCCACAUGAGAGACUAUCACGCGUUAGAUUACCACGUGGUGGAUUACUACGCGAUAGAUCAGCACGCGAUAGAUUACCACGCGAUAGAAUUCCACGCAAUAGAUUACCACCCGUUAGAUUACCACGCGAUAGAUUACCACCCGUUAGAUUACCACGCGAUAAAUUACCACCCGUUAGAUUACCACGCGACAGAAUACCACCCGUUAGAUUACCACGCGACAGAGUACCACGCAGCAGAAUACUACCCGUAAGAUUACCAUGCGAUAGAAUACCACGCGUUAGAUUACCACGCGACAGAAUACCACGCAACAGAAUACCACCCGUUAGAUUACCACGUAAUAGGAUACCACCCGUUAGAUUACCACGUGACAGAUUAUCACAUGUUAGAUUACCACGCGAUGGAUUACUAUACGGUGGAGUACCACCCGUUAGAUUACCGCGCGAUAAAUUACCACGUGUUAGAAUAUCACAUGCUAGAUUACCACGCGAUGGAUUACCACACGAUAGAAUACCACCCGUUAGAUUACCACGCAAUAGAAUACCACCCGUUGAAUUACCACACGAUAGAAUAUCAACCGUCAGAUUACUACGCGAUAGAAUACCACCUGUUAGAUUACCACACAAUAGUAUACCACCCGUUACAUUACCUCACAAUGAAAUACCAUCCGUUAGAUUAUCAUUCCUAUUCCUACACAUUAGUUUACCACACGAUUACCACCUGUUAGAUUAUCACUCGUUUUAUUCCUACCCGUUAGAUUACCACGCGUUCGAUUACUACGCGUUCAAUUACCACACUUAUUACAUUAUCACGCGUUGUCUUACCACCCGUUGAAUUAAUACCCGUUAAAUUACUACCUGUCAGAUCAGCGUUAGUAGAUCACCACGUGUUAAGCUACCUCAUGUUAAUUUAUCUCACGUUAGAUCCUCAAAGGAUGCACCACACGUUGUUCACCAUGCCUUACAAUGUAAGAUUUACAUCACCGCGUAUCACUUCACCACACCUUACAUUACCACCUGUUAAAUAACUACCUGUUAAAUCACCACGAGCUACCUCACGUUUAUCUCGCGUUAAAUUCCCAUCCAUUAACGACACGUUAGAUCGUUACGCGUUGUACAACUCGUUAUAUUGUCUAGUUAUGUCAAUGCACGUCGAUCAGAUAGUUCGAUAGAAAAACGAGAAGGAAAGAAACAAAGCGAAAAAGUCGCCUGGAGACGAACACUCGUGGCAUCGAUUUACAAAUCGGCGAAACUCGUGCUACGUGUGGAUCCAUCAAGCUCUUGUGCGAUUUUAAGAUACAGAGUUCGAUACGUCUCAACAAAAUGUCACACGUGUUUCUUUGUCUCGGUUAUUCUAAAAUCGAAGAAUUUCUUCAAGGAUCGUUUAAUCGUUUGUGACCACUGAACACAACACAUAUGUACCUCGACACGUGUGUUUGAACUUGAAAUACACAAAAUUUGAUUCACUUUUUUUUUUUAAUGUCGACGUCUUCUUUCGAUUCGUCGAUUUCUUCAUUUUGAAGUAUUGGAAUCGGGUUUGAUCUGAUAUUAAUGUUAGAGCGUUGUCAGUUUCAGACUGCGGAGUUUUCAUUGAUUGAAUCGCUUUAAUUGUGCUUCCCUGAGAGCCGUAUUGCGACGUUAUCGAAAGUGCGUCUUGAUAAGAUUCUUCGUCUUUUUUGUAUUUUUGUAUUGUACGAGUAAGAACGUUUGUGUCAUUCAGUGAUGGGCUGAUUGUUGGGGUGUACAGUGGAGAAUUUAUGGGCACUGAAGAUGACUUUUGUAAGGUUCUAUAGUAGAGUCUUGAUAUAUUGCCACUAUUUACAUUGCUGGUUCAGCGAGUUUUUUUUAGAGGUUUAUGUAUGUCUCAAAAAUUGGAAUUUUUAAUUUGUGCAACUUUUGAUUAAA